CGCCUAGCAUCAAACACGCAACCUACAUCCAUAGCACAGCAUAAGGACCACGCCUAGCGAAGAAACUACGGGCGUGCGGAGCGCGGGAGCGCGCAAAUAGAGAAAGAAGGCGCCGAUGUGCAAGGUUCGAGAGGCGCGCCGGGCCGUAAAGGUCUCCCGCGCCUAAUUCGCCCCGCGAACCCUUCGCACGAUCCGUUGACCUCUUCGCACCCCGAUUCCGCCUCGUCAUGCGCUCUACUAUUCCAUCCCGUCAUCCAUUGUCAUACUCCCUUUCGCCUUCCGCACUCCUAUUCCGCCCCGCUGUUUGCACUCCUUUACCCGCAAACCUCUCCGCUGCGAGGAGAGACAGAGAGAUAGGGAGGAGAGAGAGGAGAGACACAGCGUGUAAGGGAGGAGCGAGGAGAGACAGAGCGAGGAGAGACAGAGAGAUAGGGUGGAGAGAGAGGAGAGACACAGCGUGUAAGGGAGGAGCGAGGAGAGACAGUGAGAUAGGGAGGAGUGAGAGAAGAGGCACAGCGUGUAAGGGAGGAGCGAGGAGAGACAGAGAGAUAGGGAGGAGAGAGAGAAGAGACACAGCGUGUAAGGGAGGAGCGAGGAGAGACAGAGAGAUAGGGAGGAGUGAGAGAAGAGGCACAGCGUGUAAGGGAGGAGCGAGGAGAGACAGAGAGAUAGGGAGGAGAGAGAGGAGAGACACAGCGUGUAAGGGAGGAGCGAGGAGAGACAGAGAGAUAGGGAGGAGAGAGAGAAGAGACACAGCGUGUAAGGGAGGAGCGAGGAGAGACAGAGAGAUAGGGAGGAGUGAGAGAAGAGGCACAGCGUGUAAGGGAGGAGCGAGGAGAGACAGAGAGAUAGGGAGGAGAGAGAGGAGAGACACAGCGUGUAAGGGAGGAGCGAGGAGAGACAGAGAGAUAGGGAGGAGAGAGAGAGGAGAGACACAGCGUGUAUGGGAGGAGCGAGGAGAGACAGAGAGAUAGGGAGGAGAGAGAGGAGAGACACAGCGUGUAAGGGAGGAGCGAGGAGAGACAGAGAGAUAGGGAGGAGAGAGAGGAGAGGCACAGCGUGUAAGGGAGGAGCGAGGAGAGACAGAGAGAUCGGGAGGAGAGAGAGGAGAGACACAUCGUGUAAGGGAGGAGAGAGGAGAGACAGAGAGAUCGGGAGGAGAAAGAGGAGAGACUCAGCGUGUAAGGGAGGAGCGAGGAGAGACAGAGAGAUAGGGAGGAGAGAGAGGAGAGACACAGCGUGUAAGGGAGGAGCGAGGAGAGACAGAGAGAUAGGGAGGAAAGAGAGGAGAGACACAGCGUGUAAGGGAGGAGCGAGGAGAGACAGAGAGAUAGGGAGGAGAGAGAGGAGAGACACAGCGUGUAAGGGAGGAGCGAGGAGAGACAGAGAGAUAGGGAGGAGAGAGAGGAGAGACACAGCGUGUAAGCGAGGAGCGAGGAGAGACAGAGAGAUAGGGAGGAAAGAGAGGAGAGACACAGCGUGUAAGGGAGGAGCGAGGAGAGACAGAGAGAUAGGGAGGAGUGAGAGAAGAGGCACAGCGUGUAAGGGAGGAGCGAGGAGAGACAGAGAGAUAGGGAGGAGAGAGAGGAGAGACACAGCGUGUAAGGGAGGAGCGAGGAGAGACAGAGAGAUAGGGAGGAAAGAGAGAGGAGAGACACAGCGUGUAUGGGAGGAGCAAGGAGAGACAGAGAGAUAGGGAGGAGAGAGAGGAGAGACACAGCGUGUAAGGGAGGAGCGAGGAGAGACAGAGAGAUCGGGAGGAGAGAGAGGAGAGACACAGCGUGUAAGGGAGGAGCGAGGAGAGACAGAGAGAUAGGGAGGAGAGAGAGGAGAGACACAGCGUGUAAGGGAGGAGCGAGGAGAGACAGAGAGAUAGGGAGGAGAGAGAGGAGAGAAACAGCGUGUAAGGGAGGAGCGAGGAGAGACAGAGAGAUAGGGAGAGAGAUAGGGAGGAGAGAGAGGAGAGACACAGCGUGUAAGGGAGGAGCGAGGAGAGACAGAGAGAUAGGGAGGUGAGAGAGGAGAGACACAGCGUGUAAGGGAGGAGCGAGGAGAGACAGAGAUCGGGAGGAGAGAGAGGAGAGACACAGCGUGUAAGGGAGGAGCGAGGAGAGACAGAGAGAUAGGGAGGAGAGAGAGGAGAGACACAAUGUGUAAGGGAGGUGCGAGGAGAGACAGAGAGUUUGGGAGGAGAGAGAGGAGAGACACAAUGUGUAAGCAAGGUGCGAGGAGAGACAGAGAGAUAGGGAGGAGAGAGAGGAGAGACACAAUGUGUAAGGGAGGUGCAAGGAGAGACAGAGAGAUCGGGAGGAGAGAGAGGAGAGAUACAGCGUGUAAGGGAGGAGCGAGGAGAGACAGAGAGAUAGGGAGGAGAGAGAGGAGAGACACAGCGUGUAAGGGAGGAGCGAGGAGAGAUAGAGAGAUAGGGAGGAGAGAGAGGAGAGACACAGCGUGUAAGGGAGGAGCGAGGAGAGACAGAGAGGUAGGGAGGAGAGAGAGGAGAGAUACAGCGAGUAAGGGAGUAGCGAGGAGAGACAGAGAGAUAGGGAGGAGAGAGAGGAGAGAGACAGCGCGUAAGGGAGGAGCGAGGAGAGACAGAGAGAUAGGGAGGAGAGAGGGGAGAGACACAGCGUGUAAGGGAGGAGCGAGGAGAGACAGAGAGAUAGGGAGGAGAGAGAGGAGAGACACAGCGUGUAAGGGAGGAGCGAGGAGAGACAGAGAGAUAGGGAGGUGAGAGAGGAGAGACACAGCGUGUAAGGGAGGAGCGAGGAGAGACAGAGAUCGGGAGGAGAGAGAGGAGAGACACAGCGUGUAAGGGAGGAGCGAGGAGAGACAGAGAGAUAGGGAGGAGAGAGAGGAGAGACACAAUGUGUAAGGGAGGUGCGAGGAGAGACAGAGAGUUUGGGAGGAGAGAGAGGAGAGACACAAUGUGUAAGCAAGGUGCGAGGAGAGACAGAGAGAUAGGGAGGAGAGAGAGGAGAGACACAAUGUGUAAGGGAGGUGCAAGGAGAGACAGAGAGAUCGGGAGGAGAGAGAGGAGAGAUACAGCGUGUAAGGGAGGAGCGAGGAGAGACAGAGAGAUAGGGAGGAGAGAGAGGAGAGACACAGCGUGUAAGGGAGGAGCGAGGAGAGAUAGAGAGAUAGGGAGGAGAGAGAGGAGAGACACAGCGUGUAAGGGAGGAGCGAGGAGAGACAGAGAGGUAGGGAGGAGAGAGAGGAGAGAUACAGCGAGUAAGGGAGUAGCGAGGAGAGACAGAGAGAUAGGGAGGAGAGAGAGGAGAGAGACAGCGCGUAAGGGAGGAGCGAGGAGAGACAGAGAGAUAGGGAGGAGAGAGGGGAGAGACACAGCGUGUAAGGGAGGAGCGAGGAGAGACAGAGAGAUAGGGAGGAGAGAGAGGAGAGACACAGCGUGUAAGGGAGGAGCGAGGAGAGACAGAGAGAUAGGGAGGUGAGAGAGGAGAGACACAGCGUGUAAGGGAGGAGCGAGGAGAGACAGAGAGAUAGGGAGGAGAGAAGGAGGGACAGAGCAUCGAAGAGGGAGAGUGAGGGGGGGGAGGUAGCAACAAGAGGCAUUAUAUGGAGGAACGAAAUGAGUGCAGAUGUAGAAAUGGGAGGCACUUUAGGUGUCCAACAGUGCACCACUAGGUCCGUCUGCCUCAUUCUCUUCCCUGCUCUCUGCAAUUAUCGUUGCCUGCUGAAUGUGGCCAUGGGUGCAUGGGUUCGUGCAUGCAUGGCAUGAUGCAUUGGCUCAUGGGCGUAUGGCAUGAUGCAUGGGUAUGUGGGUUCAUGGGCGUAUGGCAUGAUGCAUGGGUAUGUGGGUUCAUAGGCGUAUGGCAUGAUGCAUGGGUAUGUGGGUUCAUGGGCGUAUGACAUGAUGCAUGGGUAUGUGGGUUCAUGGGCGUAUGGCAUGAUGACUGUGUGCAGGAGUUGUUGAGGCGACCGAACGUGCUGCUGGCAGUCAAUGCUCUAAUGGAUGCCUGGUCACAUGCAGCUAUGCACUGCCGUGCAUGCCACCAUGAUGCAUCAAUACACUAUCCAGGCACAUGAGUAGUCUAGUCUGGCCUGGUCAUUGCAGCUCUCAUCUCAAGAUGUGCGGCGCAGCAGAUUCCUACAUGGCAUGAAUGAAUUUCACUCCGUCGCUCAUUUUGAGAUCCGCUAGUGGUUGUUUCAGUAAUCAUAAAUGUAGUACCACAUUUGGUACAUGCCAACAAU